GCGAGCCGUCACGCUGACGGACAGCCCAACUGUCCAAUAGACAAGGUGAACUUGCGCAAGAGACUCCGCCCACUGUCAAAUCAUCCUCCUGGUGAUUGAUUUCAGCAGAUGUGAGGCUUGCGCCGCUGAGCGAGGAAAAGACGCUACCGCAGGCAUGCCACUGGCGCGCAGUUUGUCGGUCACCUCCCUGUCUGGCCUGGAGGACUGGGACGAAGAGUUUGAUUUGGAGGAUGCAGUCCUGUUCGAGAUCGCAUGGGAGGUCGCUAAUAAAGUUGGUGGCAUUUACACAGUGAUCCAGACCAAGGCGCGUCUGACCUGCGAGGAAUGGGGUGAGAACUACUUUCUAGUGGGCCCGUAUGUGGAGUCCAAUGUCAGGACGCAAGUGGAGCUGAUCGAACCCUGUAAUGCAGCACUCAGAAGAACCAUUGAUAAAAUGAACAGCAGUGGGUGCAAGGUAUAUUUUGGUCGAUGGCUGAUUGAAGGCUCUCCAUAUGUGAUUCUGCUAGAUGUGGGCUUCACGGCCUGGUCUCUGGACCGCUGGAAGAGUGAAUUGUGGGAGAAAUGCAGUAUCGGUGUGCCCUGGUUCGACAGAGAGGCUAACGAUGCUGUUCUCUUUGGCUUCCUCACUGCAUGGCUACUGGGAGAGUUUGCAGCUCAGUGUGACGAACCUCCUCACAUCGUGGCACAUUUUCAUGAGUGGCUAGCAGGUUUGGGGCUUGUCUUAUGCAGGCAGCGCCAGUUACCCGUAGCAACCAUCUUCACCACACACGCCACUCUGCUCGGCCGAUACCUGUGUGCUGGGAACGUCGACUUCUACAAUAACCUCGCAGAGUUUAAUGUGGAUAAAGAGGCAGGUGACAGGCAGAUCUAUCACCGGUACUGUCUGGAGCGUGCAGCAGCCCGCUGUGCACACGUCUUCACCACCGUCUCUCAGAUCACUGCCAUUGAGGCCGAGCACUUACUAAAGCGGAAACCAGAUAUUGUGACUCCAAACGGUCUGAAUGUGAAGAAGUUCUCAGCCAUGCAUGAGUUCCAGAACCUCCACGCUCAGAGUAAAGCACGCAUCCAGGAGUUUGUCAGAGGCCAUUUCUAUGGGCAUUUAGAUUUUAACCUUGACAAGACGGUGUUUCUUUUUAUCGCUGGACGCUAUGAAUUCUCAAAUAAAGGAGCUGACAUCUUUCUUGAAGCAUUGGCCAGGCUUAAUUACCUACUGAGGGUGAAUCACAGCGAGGUGACUGUAAUAGCAUUCUUCAUCAUGCCUGCUCGUACCAACAACUUCAACGUGGAGACCCUGAAGGGCCAAGCCGUCCGGAAACAGCUCUGGGACACUGCACAGACUGUGAAGGAGCGCUUUGGGAAGAAACUCUAUGAAUCACUUUUAGUAGGGCAGUUGCCUGAUGUGUCUAAGAUGUUAGAUAAAGAGGACUUCACCAUAAUGAAGCGUGCCAUCUUUGCCACCCAACGACAGUGUUUGCCCCCCGUCUGCACUCACAACAUGCUGGAGGACAGCAGUGACCCCAUCCUCAACUGCAUCCGUCGCAUUGGCCUCUUCAACACCUCUCAGGACCGAGUCAAGGUGAUCUUCCAUCCAGAGUUUCUCUCCUCAACUUCUCCUCUCCUGCCGAUGGACUAUGAGGAGUUUGUGAGAGGCUGCCAUCUUGGAGUAUUUCCAUCUUACUAUGAGCCCUGGGGAUACACACCAGCUGAGUGUACAGUGAUGGGUAUCCCAUCCAUCUCCACUAACCUGUCUGGGUUUGGCUGUUUCAUGGAGGAGCACAUUGCCGACCCCUCAGCUUAUGGUAUCUAUAUUCUGGAUCGGCGGUAUCGUGGGGUGGACGAGUCCUGUAAUCAGCUGACGUCUUUCCUGUUUCAGUUCUGUCAGCAGAGUCGCAGGCAGAGGAUUAUUCAAAGGAACCGAACUGAGCGCCUCAGUGACCUGCUAGACUGGAGAUAUCUGGGCAGGUAUUACAUUUCUGCCCGCCAUAUGUCUUUGGCGAAAGCUUUCCCGGACACAUACAUCUAUGAGCCUCAAGAUCCCACUUCAACCACAGGCUUCCGUUACCCGCGGCCCGCCUCGGUGCCCCCGUCUCCCGCCCACUCGCUUCACUCGUCUCCUCAUCACAGUGAGGCUGAGGAUGAGGAGGAACCAUAUGAUGAAGAUCUGGAAGCAGAGAAAGACCGGCUCAACAUCCGCCAACCGAUAAACUUACCGAACCGGAACAAGAAUCAUACAGUCGGUCUUCCUGAAAAAAUCUAACACACUCCUAUAUGCAUACAUACACACAUACUGCAGCUUAUAUACUGUGAGGCACUCGUAUACAGUGACACACACACACACACUCACACACACAUAAUAACACUCCCCUAAAAGUGAACGUAAUGCCUGCAAACAGUGUUUGCAUGUUGGUUUUCUGAAGAGAAAUAAAUAAGGUAUUUAAGUAUGUUGUGAGCCAUAGUUUUUGAAGAUUUCACUGGUGUCUUUCAUACAAGGCCUAGUACAAAAACAACAGAGAGCAAAGAAUGAAAUGGUAGCUAGAGUUAUUCAAAUAACAAUUCAUAUGGAUUCAUACCAUAUUGACAUCCAGCUGUGUGCCAGUGAUGCCAGUCUAAAUCUGACAUUCAAAUCGAAAAGUUACUGUGAAAAGUACUGUGAAAAGUUAAGCUGAUACAAAUAAAAGUGUUUCGCCUACUAAUGUAGGUUUCUUCCCGUGAUAAACGAAUUGAGAUGAAGAACAUAAUUAAUAGAAGCAUUUACUUUAAAGAGACCUUUAUUAGAAAUGAGAGCCUUAUCAAUUCCUUAAAGGAAAGUUUUAAGAAAAAUGCAGUAUUUAUACACUUUGUUCCAAACCUGUAUGACUUUCUACUGUGGACCACAAAAGAAGAAUGUUUUGAACAAUGUUCACGCUGUUCUUUUAUAUAGAAAAAUAGUGAGUCAAGGUUCAGUAUAUAAACAAAAAAAUAUGAUAAAUAUAUGACUCAGUCUUCUAAAGUCAUACAAGAUCUUUGUAUUAUGAACAGACCCAAAUUUAAUCUAUUUACUGAAAAUCAUUCUUUGACAGUCAUGGUCACUAUUCACUUUCAUUUUGCGAGUUUCAAUGAGCUAAACUUCUCCAUUUGUGUUUCACAAAAGCAAGAAAUUCAUACGUGUUUCAAAAGAAGAGUUUGCGUAAAUGGCGACAGAAUGCACCGUUGACCCGAAAACAUUCUUGCAAUGCUUUGCUCCCUUUUCAUUAUUAUGUACUGUCGAAAUCAUAGUGAGUAUCCAGCCAUUUUUGUUAUUGUUAUUAAAGACCAGAGUUAAAUGACAAGCAAGUAAUGUAGCAAAAGCUAACCAGCCAAACGAAUACACUGGAACAUCAUUGAUACUGUAAUACAAAUAUACACCAGCACUGUUUGAGUUUGUCAUGUCUGUCACGGCUGUAAAACUGAGAUUAAAAUCUACAACAUUAUUGACA